AUGAUGGAGAAACGGAAGCAGGAGGGACUGCUGACCGUGUCCCACCCGCUGCGCACGGCGCCCUUGGGCACGCCGGGGAGCCUGGCCCGAGUCCCCUCGAGGGAUCCGAUCAAGGUCCCGCUGCGCCUGGACGCCGCAGGCUGGGAGCGCGCGCACCGGGGCGGCGAGCGGAGACGGCCGUGGCCGCCGCGGCCGCUGCACGGCGCCUUCGAGCCCGCCUUCCUCCGCCAGCGCAACGAGCGCGAGCGGCAGCGCGUGCGCUGCGUGAACGAGGGCUACGCGCGCCUCCGAGACCACCUGCCGCGCGAGCUGGCGGGCAAGCGCCUGAGCAAGGUGGAGACCCUCCGCGCCGCCAUCGGCUACAUCGGCCACCUGCAGGAGCUGCUGGAGCGCCACGCGCGCGCGCACGACCGCCCGGCCCGCGCCACCCCGCAGCGCAGGGCCGACUGCAACAGCGACGGCGAGUCCAAGGCGUCCUCGGCGCCCUCGCCCUGCAGCGAGCCCGAGGACGCGACCGGCUAG